UUAAUAAGUAGCUUUUAGAAAUGAAAUUCAUCAUUGAAGCUCAUGAAAAUUCCAAAGCUCGGAAAUUGGACAAAUUUUAAGAUCUCACGAAUGACACAAAUUUUCAAUCUGAACUAACAAAGACUUCCACAGAUUCUAAUAGUCCAAUUCAAACAAUAUAUUAGAAACUCAACGAAACAAAGCCAACCUAACUAAUAUAAUGGAACUCUCCGUUGUAUUUUCAUAUUUAAUUUUACAAAAUUGGGUUCAUGAAAUUAGUUCGACUACCCUUUUCACUUCAAUCGACUGCAAAUCUCGGGAUCAAGAAAUUACUACCGAAGCACCAAAACAAACAUCGGAACCCCUUCUCACGUUCGAUGUCCUUGUUGUCACGCCACCGGCGCCUGACUAUUUCAGCAUCGAGAAUCAAAUUCCAGGCCUAUGUAUGGCUCUCGUAACUAGUCGCGCUUACCGCGCUCAUCCUCGAUUUCAAGUCAGAUUGUAUAACUACCAAAUAAAGUCGGACGCUUUGAUCGACUUCGCACUUUUCAAUGAAUCUGUUCAUGCUGAAGACCGAAAUUUCAUAGGCAUAUUGGGACCAGACCUCGACAUCUUGAGCAACGUUCUAAUAAGCUCCAACACCGCAAAUGACCUUAGCUUCAUUUCGUAUUCUCAGACAUCGAACUCUUACCGUGAUUAUAUCAGAAACAAUGGUAACGUUUUCAGAAUAGCCGUGCCGUUAGAAGAACUAGCUCAAGCGUACGGCAAGAUUUUUGAAAUCUAUAGCUGGAAACGUGCCGCUAUUUUGUAUCAAAGUAAUUCUUUGUACAUUCGACAAACAACUUUGGCUUUAUACGACCAGCUGUCAACGGAUGCUAUUGAUACUCACGUCACGAAUGUUCACUUGUAUUCGUCAGUCGGUGGUUUAGGUAACGCAACAAAAAUUCUUGGACCGGAGGGUUUAGACCACCGCAUUUUUGUCCUACUCUUAGAAGAGGAAUCGGCAGCGCGAGUCGUUUGCGAGUUUUACAGACAAGGAAUGUAUGGCAAACAGUACGCUUUAUUUGGGUUGUCAUUUUGGGAUCAUCAUAUAUGGGAAAGCUUUGAAACUAACUGCACGUAUCAAGAACUCCUGGAAGUUCUCGACUACAGCUUCUACAUAGCCAUGAGUGGACUCGGGUGGAACGACAGUGGACUCAUUGGCCCCGGGAUUCCGAGGAGUGUAUAUCAUCGAACUAUUCAAUAUACAAUACGUUCAGAGCAUCCCGAAGACCAGAUGACUCAUGUUUACGACUCGGGUCUGGUUUCAGACGCUCUAUGGAGUCUUUUAAAAUCUACAGACAAGGCUCUCGAUUCUCUUGAAUCAGUACAAGCUAGUUCUGCGACUGAAUCAACAACUCAAGCACCACCGAAUGAGCAAGCUCUUCGGAUUGAGAUCUCGAAACAGCUGAAAUUGGUAUCAUUCGCUGGAGCGUCCGGACCAGUUUCAUUUGACAGUUCUGGAAAAAGAACUAUUAGAGGCACCAACGGUGUCAUAUUUCAGAGAAUAAACGGAGCUAUAGAACUAGCAGUCAAAUUUAAAAUUCCUGAAACUAUUAUUGAAAACAACAUUCAAUUCGAAGAAGGUUACAUUCCAAAUACCAACCGCGAGUUUACUACUACAAAUUUACAAGUUCUCGACUUUUUGGUAAUAAUUCCCGCAUUCGUUGGCAUCGUUUUCUGCAUUGUGAGUGCAACUGUUUACAUUGUUUUCAGAGACAAACCAGCUAUAAAAUUAAUAUCGCCAAAAAUAAACGUUGUUUGCGCAAUUGGUUCUUCGAUAUCUUUUUCGGCUAUUCUGGGUCAUAUGCUUUGGAACAUGAACCGACUGAUAACCAUUGACGGAUCUGGCAGCUCUGAAAAAUACUCUUGGGGCUGCAUAGCGUACGACGUCCUUUUGAGGUUCGGUUACUUCGUGGCUUUUUCGUGUUUAGUUGCGAAACUCUACCGAGUUUAUAAAAUAUUCGGAAACAACAAACCCAGGAAAAAAGUACCCACUGAUUUACAACUCAUGAUCGGAAUCUUAGUAGCGUCCGCAUGUCAACUUAUAACUAACACAGUUGCCAAUAUAAUAAACCCUCCUAAACGGGAUAUUUUAAACGUCGAGGUCGCUGGUGGGGAUGCAUACUCCCACGUUUUUAGCGACUAUUUUUUAAUGUGUCAAAGGUCAAAGAGCUGGGUCAACUUCGUCGGGAACGUCAUGGAUACCACUCUUCUUCUAUCAGCUAUAUACUUCUCGUGGAUGACCCGGAAAGUGAAAGUAACUCUUAUAAAUGAGAGCCACAAAAUAAGCGCUAUGGUCGUGACUGUCGUAGUACUAGAGACGCUUCGAUUUCUGACUAAACUGAGUUUCAACUCCAACAACUCAACUAUGGGAAGUUACUUCACCGAAACUGAAGAGACCAUCUUUAUUCACUGGGUUAUAAUCGGCCAGGUAUUUUUCCCAGGAAUGCUUAGACUAAUUCGAAAACCUAACUGGAAACCCACAACGUCAGUGCUUCCCAUGAGUCUGAAUACAAAAGCAGAUAUCAAACGCUGCAUUGAAGAUGUUGCUAAUAUUAAUGGCCUCGAGCACCUGUUGAACUUACACGUGAAAACAUUAGAAAUGUGGUCUGAAAUGAAAGCUCAAGACGAAGUUGUGAAGUAUUUGCGAGGAAACUUCAGACGACGAAGCAAUUCAGAGACGAAUUUGCAAGAACUCCUCCACCGUCACACAAAAACUUCACGGGACACUGUAAGCAGUGAAAUUCCCUAAUUGCAUAUCAGACUAAGCGGAUAUCUUAUACUACCCCCUCACCUCUUUCAAUAAGUGGGGGUUGGGGAUUU